AUGGGCAAUCCACAUAUUUUAGUUAUACCUUAUCCAGCUCAAGGGCAUGUAAUUCCCCUCCUGGAGCUCUCACAACACUUGGUCAAGCAUGGCUUUAAAAUCACAUUUGUAAACACAGAGUUCAAUCACAAGCGGGUCACGAACGCAUUGACAAAGAAGGAUGAUGUAGGGGAUCAUAUUCAUCUGGUUUCAAUCCCCGAUGGCUUGGAAGCCUGGGAGGAUAGGAAUGAUUUGGGGAAGUUAACAGAAGUGGGCUUCCGCAUCAUGCCCAAGAAGCUGGAGGAGCUCAUAGAAGAGAUCAACGGGUCAGAUGAUGAUAAUAUCACUUGUGUUAUUGCUGAUGAAAGUAUGGGAUGGGCGCUUGAAGUUGCAGAGAAAAUGGGAAUCCAGCGAGCCGUCUUCUGGCCAGCAUCAGCUACACUGCUGGCCUUAUUUUUUAGUGUCCAAAAGCUGAUUGAUGAUGGAAUCGUUGACAAUAAUGGAACUCCUACUAAACACCAGAUGAUUAAAUUGUCAGAAACCAUGCCUGCCAUGAACACAGCACAAUUCGUAUGGGCCUGCAUAGGUGACUUGUCCACACAAAAAAUUGUCUUUGAUGUUAUUUUAAGAAACAACAAAGCUUUGCUUUUGGCAGAAUGGGUCAUUUGUAACUCAAGUUAUGACCUUGAGCCUGGAACAUUUACCUUAGCUCCAGAGAUCCUACCCAUAGGCCCACUUUUGGCAAGUAGCAGGCUUGGAAAGUCAGCAGGAUACUUCUGGCCAGAAGACUCAACCUGCCUGCAAUGGCUUGAUCAGCAGCCACCCUGCUCAGUCAUAUAUGUUGCAUUUGGAAGCUUCACAGUUUUUGACAAAACUCAGUUCCAAGAAUUGGCUCUAGGGCUUGAACUCUCCAACAGGCCAUUCCUGUGGGUUGUGCGGCCCGAUAUUACCAGUGGGACAAAUGAUGCUUACCCAGAAGGAUUUCAAGAGAGAGUAUCCUCCCAAGGGCUGAUGGUAGGCUGGGCUCCACAGCAGAUGGUUCUGAGUCAUCCUUCCAUUGCUUGCUUCUUGAGCCAUUGUGGUUGGAACUCUACCAUGGAAGGUGUCAGCAAUGGGGUCCCUUUCCUGUGCUGGCCUUACUUUGCUGACCAGUUCCUUAAUAAGACCUACAUCUGUGAUAUUUGGAAGGUCGGAUUGGGGUUUGAUCCAGCUGAAAAUGGGAUCAUCAUGCGAGAAGAAAUCAGAAAUAAGAUGGAGCUACUGUUUGGUGAGAGCGAGUUUAAGGCAAGAGCUUUAAAUCUCAAGGAAAUGGCCAUGAAUGGUGUCCAAGAAGGUGGCUGCUCUUCCAAAAAUUUCAAGAAUUUCAUUGAAUGGAUUAAGGCAUAG